UUUUAAUAUCGAUUUUGUGUCCGGACAGUGAGCACAAAUUCUACUUCUGAGCGUCGAGUUCGAUAAAUCUCAAACGUUUUUUAGCAUCUCGAGGGCGCGAGGAAGACGAAUUCUCUGCGACGAAGAAGAAAUCGGCGAGCUGUCACUUGGAUUAUAUCGGCGGAGGAAUUUUAUUUUUGGUGAUUUUUGUUUUGUUUGGCGGAAUUGGGAUUUUGAUCAAUAGUCGUUCAUGGAGAGCGCCGGAGUUCCUCAUCUUCAACCGUUAACGCCGCAGGUUGCAGCGGCUGGUUCCGCGGAUCGGCAGGAAUUUAAUCGAGCAGAGGGUAGUGGUGGUGAAUCUUCAUCGCUUCAUCGUUCUAGACGUCCAAGCCUUCCCUCCCUACAAAUUCCAGCAAGAUCUCUAGAGAAUUCUCAAAUUAACGCAGCAAGAAUAAAUUUUCCUUCUUCAGCAACGCCUCCUUCAACAAGACCAGGUCUCCCGCCCAGGCCUUCAUCAUCAAGGGCAAAACUACCAGUGAGAAAUAUUCUUCCUCAAUGGAGCUUUAAGACUAAGAAUUCCACCCCAGAAGGUGACAAAACAAAUUUGCUCACAUCGUCGACCCCAUCACAAGGGCAACAGGAUAAAAGUUCUAUAGCAAGAGCAUUCUCUUUAACCAAGGUCUUGUCGUCCAUGACACUUAAAGGAACACUGUCAUUGCCGGCAACACCCGUUGGAAAUUCAGGGUUCGAGUCUUCACAGGAAAGACAUGUGAUUGACAUCCCCACUCCAGAUAAACCACAAGCCCGGAAACAUAUUACACGGUCACUUUCAGUGCCAGAUAAUGCCAAGGGCAGGAACUUACGAAGAGCAGAUUCAUUAGGUUUGAUACGUGUGAUCCCAUCACCUCGUCCUAUUGUUGUUGAUAAUUCUACUGAAGUUGAAAUUAUUGAAGCAACUAAUGCUGAAGAUGAAGGUGAAGAUAUUCCUGAAGAAGAGGCAGUCUGCAGGAUAUGCUUAUGUGAACUUGGGGAAGGAGGGGAAACUUUUAAGAUGGAGUGUAGCUGCAAAGGGGAACUUGCACUUGCUCACAAAGAAUGUACAAUAAAAUGGUUCAGCAUCAAGGGAAAUAAGACAUGUGAUGUCUGCAAGCAAGAAGUAGAAAAUCUACCUGUAACUUUACUGAGAUUGCAAAAUCAUCAGACUGCUAAUAGAAGGGCAUCAAAUACAUUUUCAGAAAGAGAAGCUUCUCGCUACAGGAUCUGGCAGGACAUUCCAGUGCUUGUCAUGGUCAGCAUGCUUGCGUACUUCUGUUUCCUGGAGCAACUUUUGGUUAAUGAUAUGGGCUCACGUGCUCUUGCUAUCUCUCUUCCUUUCUCUUGUGUGUUGGGUCUACUCUCAUCUAUGAUAGCUUCCACAAUGGUUAGCAAGAGCUACAUCUGGUCUUAUGCUUCCUUCCAGUUUGCAACUGUUAUUCUCUUUGCUCAUAUUUUUUACAAUGUGCUUAAAGUUGCUGCGGUGCUUUCUGUACUACUUUCGUCAUUCACCGGCUUUGGGAUUGCAAUUAGUACAAGCUCUUUGCUUGUAGAGUAUUUAAGAUGGCAAGCUAGGAGAAAUCAUAGUUCAGGACAACAGCAGAAUAGUGGUGCCCAACAACAAUCAAAUGUGAACAAUGCAAACAAUGAACCCCCCGAACAUACAGAAAAUAAUCAGCAGCAAGAAGCUUUGAGCCUGGGCCAGAACACUAGUGCUUCACAACAUAGCUGAACUUCUGAAACUACUUCAGAUGACAGCCUAAUUCUUCUGCAUCCUAAACUCCGACUAAUCAUGAUUGGAUUAGUCCUAGUGGUGCACGGGUGGAAACAAUAUAAUCCUCCAUUAAUCUUAUGAAAAGCUUGUUGUGGUCUGAUAAGGUCUUGAGGUGUAUUCAACUAGUUUGGCAUAUUCCACAGGCCUGUGGUGAGUGAUGAGUUUAGGACAAGUCUAGACGCCUCUAGUGAGGUGUGAAUUUUGGUUAUGAUUUGAUGGAGUCUAUUGUAUGCUUGCAAUGGCUCAAUACGUUCGAUUGUGAUUUGAUUAAAGUUUGAAGAUAGUCUGAUAAUUGAAGGGUGAAGUCUGAGUGUGUUAGGUCAUGGUUUGGCGAUUGUUGGUAGUUGAUAAAUAAUUUGAGGCAUGAACAUGAGAAUUGUAGAGGAUUGUUUAGUUUAGGCUAUCAUGUUAUAUGUUACAUCAUCAGAAUGACUUCAAUGAGGAUUGUACGCAAGUCAGCUUGUUAACAUCCGCCGGGAUCUUAGAGGAUGAGUGGCAGUAGCUAGGUAUUUUGGUUGGCUUCCUUUUGGAGGUCAUGCAUGGUGUGAAGUAAACUUAUUGCAUGGUUUUCUUUGGGCUUCCUCUUUAUUAAGUGUUGGUGUACUUGGGCUU